CCAGGGCUGUAUUUUCGCAUUGGUAACUGCUGAGGGCCUGACAGUCUCUCUAGCUAUCUUAUUUAUUCCGAACAAAAAGCUAGAGACAGAAGGCAGGUUCCUAAAUGUCUUCCUGACCUCAAAGCGUGUUGCCGAUACUUUAUGGUUAUUUCCGAAGUUCCUGUUCAUGGAGAGUGAGAAUUGCACUGGCUCUGAAAGGGAUUGCCUAUGACCAGGUGCCAGUGAACCUCCUGAAGGAUGAGGGGCAGCAGCUUUCUGAUGAAUUUAAAGCAGUGAAUCCAAUGCAGCAAGUCCCAGCCUUGAAAAUUGAUGGCAUCACCCUUUCUCAGUCGCUAGCUAUAAUUCAUUAUUUAGAAGACACUCGUCCUAACCCCAGACUCCUGCCCCAAGAUCCAAAGAAGAGAGCCCAAGUCAGAAUGAUCUCGGAUCACAUUGCCUCUGGCAUUCAGCCACUCCAGAACUUGAGAGUCCUGAAACAAAUGGGGGAAAGAAAAACGGAAUGGGCUCAGAAGUGCAUCGCGUCUGGCUUCCAAGCACUGGAACAGGUUCUGCAGCAGACUGCUGGACGCUACUGUGUGGGAGAUGAGGUUUCCAUGGCUGAUCUGUGCUUGGUGCCUCAAGUUGCCAAUGCUGAAAGAUUCAAUGUGGAUCUGGGUCCAUAUCCCACAAUAACUAGAAUAAACAAAGCGCUCCUGGAGUUAGAGGCAUUCAAAGUAAGCCACCCAUCCCGGCAACCAGACACUCCUGCAGAGUUGCGAGCUUGAAGCCCUUCUACCCAUUAAAUCAAGAAGGAGGAGAGAGGGAAAGCCUUACUGCUGCAGAAGUAGCCUCGAGGAAUUACAGAAGCUGUGCCUGUGCUGGAAAGCUUGCAGCUACUUCUGAAUAUGUUUUUCUAACUUCUGUAUGUCCAUGAAACAGAUUAAAGCAGAAAUAUCAGAAUGUAA